CCCGCGUGAGGGAGGCUGCGCCAUUUCCGCUGCCCUGGCCGCGAUGCCGCCUGUGCUCUGGUGGCUGGUUUUCUGGCUGCCGCCCCUGGCUACGCUGCUCGCGGUCGCGGUGCGCGAGGAGGAGGCGGCGGCGGUCUCAGUUCCAAGAUGUAAAUCUCUGAAGGAAACAGACUUCAUUAAAACGUCUGUGUCAGACUGUUACUGCUACAAUCAAAAUUUGCAAAUACAGUGGACAUGUAUGUGGUCGACUGUGCAGGUGACAGUUACCAGUCCAGGCCUGCUUAGAUUUGUAUAUAUCACAGGAAGUCAUAAUUGCCAGCAUCCAGAGGGCAUUCUGUCAUUUAUCAGAUGUGUGAUUCACAACUUUUGGGUACCAGAGGAGUCUAACAAAAUGACCAUGCUCAUCACUCCAUUCGGUGAAACUGUAUGCUUCUCUGUGGAGCCCAUUGGGAAGGUGUUUACCUACACAGUGAGCGUGGACGGAAACAUUGUGGAUUUCAAACUCCUCCUUGUGUUUGUGGCAGGCAUUUCCCUCUUCUUUUAUGCAAAGACUUUGAGCCAAAGCCCCACUUUCUAUUACUCUUCGGGUACCAUGUUAGGUGUUCUAAUGACACCAGUUUUUGUCCUUCUGAUGGCUAAGAGACACAUUCCAAAGUAUAGCACGUUUGGGGCGCUAAUGAUUGGUUGUUGGUUUGCUUCAGUUUAUGUUGUGUGCCAGUUGAUGGAAGAUCUGAAGUGGCUGUGGUGUGGAAACAGAAUAUAUGUAUUCGGCUACAUCUUGGUUGUUGGACUUUGUAGCUUUGCUGCCUGUUACAGGCAUGGGCCUCUCGCUGACGAGUGGAGCAGAGGCCUUCUGAUGUGGACACUGCAGUUCCUGUCCCUGGUCCUGGUCUACACUGGUGUGGCUGUGCCUCUCUUUGCCUAUGCCGUCAUGAUCCUCCUGCUGUUCUCCUGGAGCCUGCGCUAUCCACUGAGAGCAUUCAGCUAUCUGAGGUGGAAAAUGAGGCAUUGGUUUACAACAGAACCGCUGGUGGUGAGGUUUCUCACUGAUGAUGAGUACAGGGAACAAGCCGAGACUGCAACAGCCAAUGCUCUUGAGGAACUGCGCCGUGCCUGCUGCAGGCCUGACUUCCCUUCCUGGUUGGCUGUCUCUAGACUCCAGACUCCUAAAAAGUUUGCAGACUUUGUUCUUGGAGCGAACCACUUGUCACCUGAAGAAGUCAGCACACAUGAAACGCAGUAUGGCCUUGGGGGUGCCUUCUUGGAAGAGCAGCUCUUUAGCCUUCAUACUGACAGUCUACCUGCAAGUUGACUUCUUUGCGAGCAAGAGAGCCGGUAAAAGGCAAAGAUCCUAUUACAGUGGGCAAAACCAUCUGAUGGCACUAGGAAAAGGGUGCGCUGCAGAGAAAAUAAGCAUUAUAAGGGAAAGCACAUGUUAAGGACUUACUCUUGGCAGCUCACGCACUGUGCCGUCAGUGGCAUGAAGACUCUUUAAGAGUCAUGGCCACUUGCCCUGAAUGAAGACCUCCGUUAGAACAGUGUGGCGCCUGUUCAUUAGGACCAGUAGGCAAGGUCAGACACUGUUCCAGCACCAGGCACCAACGUCUUGAUGCCUCGAAGCUGGGUCAGAAGGCUGCACCGUUCUCCCUCAUUUCUUAUUAUCAGUGUUUUCUAAAGUGCAGUCCACAUGAUACUAGUCAUGGCUGGUAAAGGAUUCUCAUGCCAGCCGUGACUGACUCAGAGUCACACACAUUGCAGGCUUCUCAGUCUUCAGUGGUGUGAAGGCUUUGUGCAUCUUCUGAAAGACAGAAGGCAAGGGCUUUGGGCUUACUGACCAUCAGCCAUUUUUCAUGAGAUUGAUAACUUUGGAACAUAUUUGGAAAAUACUACUGAAGUGUAAUUUAGGUUUGAGAAAUGCGUCCUCGGCAGCCUCAGCAGUGUUCCAGCCCUGUGCAUCCUGAGACUCAGGUAGAAGAUGUGUCCACAUGCAGGUUCAAGGCUGACUCCCUACAGCCUUCGUCUCACCCCGUUGGUGCCUCUGUUUUGUGUUGAUGUCAUAGUUAUUUGUUUGUAUUUUAAGUAAUUGCCAAUUAGCUAUAAUAACUGGUGAAAUAUUUCUUAGGAUCAUAUUUAAUGUUUUGACAAGAUUUUAUAUGCAGAUUAAAACUUAUAGUUACUAUUUGUACUUUUUAUAUAUUGAAAUUGACAUUUAUGACAUUUUGAGAUUUAUUUUUUUAAACUGAUUUUAUAUGUUUGCAAUGAUUUCUCACAAAAUAGAGUUUAGAUACUUUUUUUUAUAUAUAGAGAGAGCUAAUGUUUCUUGAUCCAUUAUAAACUUCAGCAUGAAAUGAGCCACUAACUGUGCUUUGACCCCAGGGAAAGGUACAGAAACACGGGUCUAAGGGUUGAAUAUGGCAAACGUCUGUGAACAUGUCACUGGCUUGAUUCUCUGAAAAUAAAAUGCAGGGCUGUUUUGUUUUUGUUUGUAAUAUAAUGAUAAAAAAAUGUCCUUUAUAAAAAAAGGCACAGUGAGGGAGGAAUAUACAGAAGUUGUCACUGUCAUUUUUUGAAAGUAAUGCUGUGUGUAACUUUCUAGAUAGAUUCUCAAGUGAUCUCUCUUUGAAGCAGUCUGUCAGUGUUUCUAGGUCUGAUUUUGACAGACAUGUUUAAUAUUAGGGGUCUUGUUCCUUUCCUUAGAAACUUCACUCAUUUAUUUCAGUGUGUGCUUUUACACAAAUCUUGAUUUUAAAAAGUCAAAGAACACCAUCUGGAGAGAUGGCCCAGUGGUUAAGGAGCACUUGCUGCCUUGCAGAGGACCAGGGUUCAGUCCUCACCCCCACAUGGCAUGGCAGCUUGAAGCCAUCUGUAACUCCAGUUCCAGGGGAUCUGAUACCUUCUGACUUUUCAGGCAUCAGGCACGCAUGUGUUGCACUUACAUACAUACAGCCAAAACGUUCAUGCAUAAAAUAAAAAUUUUAAAUCUAAAAAUAAAAUUUAUAUACAAAACUGUCAAA